CCCAUCCCCUGCCCCAAACCCCCAUCCCCUGCCCUGAUCCUGCUUCCCUGAGCCUCCCAUUCCCUCCCCUGAGUCCCUUUCCCCAUAUCCCCCAUCCCCUGCCCCAAGUCCCUCUCCACAAUGAUUUUGCUGAGCUGCUUCCUGCACCUGCGGCCCCGGCGCUGCGGCCCCUUGGCCGGGCUGGGCAGGGGGCUCGGCCCUUCAGCGGGGUCCCGCCGGGCUCUGCGGGUGCUGGUGGACAUGGACGGGGUGCUGGCUGACUUCGAGGGAGGCUUCCUGAAGAAAUUCAGGGCCAGGUACCCCGACAAGCCCUACAUUGCCCUGGAGGACCGGAGGGGCUUCUGGGUGUCGGAGCAGUACGGGCGCCUGGGACCCGAGCUGAGUGAGAAAGCCAUCAGCAUCUGGGAAUCCAAGAACUUCUUCAUCGAGCUGGACCCUCUCCCUGGGGCUGUGGAGGCUGUGAAGCAAAUGGCAAAUUUGGCAGACACUGAUGUGUUCAUCUGCACGAGCCCAAUCAAGAAGUACCGGUACUGCCCUUAUGAGAAGUAUGCCUGGGUGGAGAAGCACUUUGGCCCUGAAUUUCUUGAGCAGAUUGUUUUGACACGAGAUAAGACAGUGGUCUCUGCUGAUCUGCUUAUAGAUGACAGACCUGAUAUAACAGGGGCAGAGCAGAACCCCACCUGGGAGCACGUGCUCUUCACUGCCUGCCACAACAAGCACCUGCAGCUGAAGCCCCCCAGCCGCCGGCUGCACUCCUGGUCUGAUGACUGGAAGGCCAUUCUGGACAGCAAACGCCUCCCACCCGGCCAGGCCACCUAAACACCAGCCCCCACGGCCACCUGGGGCUGCAGCCACCUGCCUGUGUCCCUUGGAGUCCUGCUGAAGGCCAGAACCCCUGCUGCUGUGUGUCCCCACGCCGUCCAGGAUCCCACUGCCCUCCCGGCCCAAGGACUUGCUGGCUGCGGCAGUAAAAUUCCCCACAGGCAGAGGUGGUAGCCAGGGCUUGGCUGGGAUUUGCCACCCUGCACCCCGUGCUCACCUUUGCUUUGCCUCUCCACUCUCCUGUGGGACCCCAUCAAUGAAAGGACAUGAACUUGAAGCUACAGAACCAACAAAUAAUGUAAUUCAGCAGUGGCAGCCAGACCCCUCCUGUACCCAGGAGCUGGAGGGGUUCUGGAGUUGGUGCUUUGGAACCUGUGCCUUCCCUGGGUGCUGCAGGGCCAGGGAUGGGCCUGUGUUGACUUGGGGCUUGCCCUGUUUCUUGGGAUGGGGGGAGUUUACAAAGUCAGCAUGGCUGGCCCAGGGCAGUAGGACUUAUAUACCACAAGCAUCUUUUUUUCUUUCUUUUUUUUUUCUUUUCAUUUUUCUUUGUGUUUAAACCACUGUGUGCUUCUCUGGGCGGUGGGUUUGGUUUGGAGGGCUCUGUUUAGGAUGUGCAGCUGCCUGAGGUGCAGCCCCCUGGCCAAGAGCUGGCUGGAGGGUUUGCAGGCUGGGAACUGGGACAGUGUGGGAGCACCAUGGGCAGCUGCUGCAGCUGCCCAACAUCAGGAACCCCCUGGCUCCACCAGACCUCCACCAGCUGUCGGCCCCUCUGUGCAGCCAGGGUGACAUCAUGGGGUCCAAGCUGGUUUUUUUUUCUAAUAGUACCAUGUAAAUAUGAGCUGCCCGAGCUCCCCAGAGCCUUCUGCCUGCUUAUUGAGCCAAAAUGAACUGGCACAUCUUUCCAGCAGCUGCCCAAACCUGUCAUCUUCCCCCGAGGCUGGGGCAGACCCAAGGGAUGUGGCUCUCUGGGGCCAGCAGGACUUUUCCCCGUGGUGAGAUGUGAUGCCAGAGAUAAAUACACCACACCAAAUAUACUUGAAAGCAGAGCUGGAGUCUCUCAUGCCUGAGGCUCCAGCUCCAUGCACAGAGAUCCUGAGCUGGUAGCUGCACUGUUUGCUCCCACACUCGGGACCAGGAGGUGACUCCUGGCUGAUGGAUCGUCCUUCAAGCCUGUCUGUGUCCAGCUGAGAUACACAGAGCUUUUGGUUUUGAAUGUACAUCUGUAAACCCGAGGCAAAUGAGGAGCACUGCAAUAAACACUGGGUUGUUUGGCAUCCAGCUGCCUAGAAAUGGAGUUUGGGGUUUGCAGUUUCCCAGCCGUGGCCCUGUGUGGGGAUCGGGGGCGUUUCACCUCCAGGUUUGGGAAUGUCCCCUUGUCCAGAAAACCUGGAACCAGCCCUGCUGCCCUGGCAGUGCCAUCACCCUGUUAGACACAGUCCCUGUGGGCAGAAAUAAAGCCAAGUGCAGGGUAGAGUUCAUUGUCCUAAAGAUCUUUUACAAUAAAUAAAGCCGUUAAGUGUGUGUCCUGUUGGGCCA